AUGUUUCUUUUUGACGCUAUUAAAAAUACAAAGUCCACAGAACCUUUUUGGUUCAAAGUUAUAAGGUUUUUAAGUGCUGCGGCGUUUUCGUUAGCGUUUAUCAGUUAUUUGUGGAGUGUCAUUUCAGCGUUUGGUGAGGCGUUGUAUAUACCGAAUAUAGACUUUACCGAGAAGUUUUCUGCUAUAAAUUAUCCAGGUAUGAACAUAUGUCGAAGAGGGGUUACAGAAACGGGAGAAGAAACAAAUACAAACGGUUUCAAUGUUACAUGCGACUUGCAAUCAACUCAGCCGAAUCCAGCUUGCCCUAAUUUUGUGAACCAAACGAUUGAUGGAUGUUGGAAAUUUUAUCCUCCAACAGGAUAUACAAAUCGACCAAAUAUGACUAAUCCCAUCAGUAAACCAACAGAAUAUUUAAAAUUUUUCUUAAAUGAAGUAACGAAUUCAUCAAACAAUAAUUCAACAAAUAAUUCUCGAUAUUAUUAUACUCUUGUUUUCGACUCGUUUUAUAUAAAUAGCCAAACAUCAUUUGAAUUCCAUACACAGUCGACACCAUUUGAAAUCGAUAAAUCGCCAUAUGAUAUACAAUAUAAUAUGAUGACAUUAGAUUCUGGUCAAUGGAUUCAAAUUGAAUAUUUGGUCACAGUCCAUCAUACUUAUUAUUCGUCGCAUCUUCAGGGUCAAUUGGGUGUUAAGCCCGAUAAGACCUGGCUGGAAUUUAGCACUAAUGUACGAUUUAUGCCGCGACUUUCUGAUUCAUCGAAAGCUAUUUUUUUUCUACAGCCGAAAAUUCAUUAUAUUCGAUACGAAAAAGAAACAUAUACAAAUAAUGUCUUAAAUUCUAUAUCAAGACUCGGGGGUUUUUACUCCGCAACAGCUGGUAUCUUCGUAUUAUUAUUUGGUGCCGCGAGAUUUGCUCCUUGGGGAAUUACACAGAAAUAUAUAUUUCGUUGUUGGUUCUUUCGUCGAAGCUUUAAAGAACAUCUGGCAAGACGAUAUAUCUCUGCCGCUGGAAUACCAUUCGGAGAACGGCUAGCCGAACGACCAGAGGGUGUAAGCCUCGAGGCAAGAGUCCAGAUCUUGGAAACAUUACUCAAAGAUUAUUAUGUAGAAACUUACUACUUGGAUACAUUGAAGCCAACUCGAGAACGAUAUUUAGCACAAGAAAGACGACACGCGAAUCUUGAAAAUCUUACGGAAUUGGAAAAUCUAGUCGUGGAAAAUUGGACGGAAGCUUCUUUGCCAGAUACAAGCAAUAAGAGGACAAUUGAAAUUCAUGUUCAAGAGAUUGGAUUAUUCAUAUCUGAAUGUUUUCUCGCAUGCUAUGGACACUGUCGCUUUUUCAAGUUUGUCGGUGUAUUAGAAGGACGUUUAGUUAGAUGUGAAUUUCUCCCGUAG